AUGCCAGCGAAGGAUUAUCCCUCAAUUUCCGAGUAUGCAAAGGCUCAAAGGGAACUAGGAAGUUGUCUACCCGAAUUUCGAGCAACGGUUAUCAAAUCUUUACAAACAGGUGCAACGGUUGGAGUUCCUUUCGGAGCAUAUGUUGCUUACAGACAACACGGACUUGCAAUGAAGCCAUUUCUUGGGAAAUCACUGGCAACAUGGAUGACGUGUACUAUUGCUUUUUCAUGUAUGGGCCUGAUGGUAGGAACAUAUAAUUGCUUACGGGUGAAGAUGUGA